AUGGAAGAAGAAACUGUAAACCCUGAACCACAGACCGGUACUUCUGAAGAAGACAACAAUGGAGAACAACCCAUGCCGGACCUCCCUGACCAAGACCCUAGCUCCUCAGAUUCCAACUCUGAUUCUGGCUCGGAGGACGGGGACCAAGCCCAGAAAAACCUGCAGCUCCAAACCCUAGAAGCCGAGCUCUUGACCAAUCCUGGCAACUACAAUGGUCAUGUCCAAUACAUAAAGAUUUUGAGGCAAAUGGCUGACAUUGAAAAGCUGAGGCAAGCAAUGGAAGCUAUGAAUGAGCUGUUUCUGUUAACCCCUUCUAUGUGGCAGGAUUGGGCUAAGGAUGAAGCUUCUCUGUCCACAGGGUCUCAUGCUUUUCCUGCUAUUGAAAAGCUUUAUGAGCGAGGAGUCUUUGAGUACCUGUCUGUCUCUCUUUGGCAUGAAUACUUGUAUUUUGUUCAACAAAAUGAUCCCUCAGUAAGAGAAUGUUCGUCUGCUGGUAUUUUGAAGGCAAGAAAUCUAUUUGAACGGGUCCUUACGGCAGCUGGUUUGCAUGUUUCUGAAGGCAAUAAACUAUGGGAAGGGUACAGGGAAUUUGAACAAGCUAUAUUUUUUGAUGAGACUGACAAUCAGGCAAGAGAAAAGCAAAUUCAGCUCAUUCGUAAUUUAUUCCACCAUCAGUUGUCAGUUCCCCAUGUUGAUAUGAGGUCAACACUUUUGGAUUACAAGGCAUGGGAGGUGGAACAAGGAAACAUUCUUGAUGCUGGCUCCAGCGGCCUGGAUUGGAUUUCAUCCCAUGUUGCCUCAGUAUACCAAAAAGCGUUGGAAUUGUAUAAUGCUAGCUUUCAUCUUGAAAAACAGAUUUGUCAGCAGGAUAUGUCUGACUCAGAAGGACUUCAAAAUUUCAUUAACUACUUCAGCAGGAUAUGUUGUAUGAACGUGCUAUUACUGACUUUCCUGUAUCCAGUUAUCUCUGGCUUGAAUAUACUCACUAUUUGGAUAAAACAUUGA